GUCUGGACUUUUCACACAAUACAAUAUUCAGAAAAAGCCCAUGACAGUGAAGGAGUUCAAGCAGCUUGCCAACAGUGACAAACAUUUGGAGCUCACAAAUGAACCAAAGUGCUUCUCUACUUGACCUGUGGAAAAUAGGAGCAUAUCUGCAUCCUGUAAUCAAGGAGUUCACGCGUGCAUAUUAUUCAGGGCCCAACAGAACUACAAUCGGCUUUAGUUAAGACGUAUUUUUCUAAUUUGUUUUUUAUCUCUGUUCAGAGUUAUUACAUUAUGUAAAUGUACUUGGUCUCAGUGUUUUACAUUUGGAUUUUCUUUCAGUUCGUUAAACUGUAGCAUACUGACAGUUUUACUAUGAAACUGUAGUUCUCGGAGUUGCAGUAAUGGGGGAGUAAGUUUUCUUUUCUGGAGACUAAACAUGGAAGUACAGAGAUCUGAUGAAGGAUCCUGAGGCAAAGCUGUUGAUAGAUGUUUCUGUGGUAGUGUGCUUGUGUUCUGUUCCCAUGAGAUUUUGAAAGGUUACGUGAGUAACCUUUUACAUAAGUAUAUUUAAGCAUGUAAGUGUGUGUUAUGUAUCUUGUGCUGUUUUAAAGGAGUAAAAAGUUUCCUUAAAUACUUCCUUUCUCUGUAUCAUAGAAUUUUUUUAAUCAGCUGUUUGAAACAACAAGUUUUCUUGUAAGGUUUUUCUGGGGCAGGAAGAAGAGAAGGAAGUAUUGGUUUUACCUGUGCGGGCUGCAUGGCUGAGUUAGUUUACGUUGUUCUGAGACAGGACCUAUAUCUGAGCCUUUUCAGAGCUGGUAGUGAGAUACCGCACUCCAAGAUAUGUAGACUAUGAAGAUCUGGAGCGUAAAUACUGGAAGAACUUGACUUUUGUGGCACCAAUUUAUGGAGCAGAUAUCAAUGGGAGCAUUUAUGAUGAAGGUAUUGAGGAAUGGAAUAUUGCCCAUCUUAAUACGAUAUUGGAUGUUGUAGGAGAAGAGUGUGGAAUUUCUAUCGAGGGUGUAAAUACACCAUAUCUUUAUUUUGGCAUGUGGAAAACAACGUUUGCGUGGCACACUGAAGAUAUGGAUCUCUACAGUAUUAAUUACCUCCAUUUUGGGGAGCCAAAGUCAUGGUAUGCUAUUCCUCCAGAGCAUGGGAAACGGCUUGAAAGACUAGCUCAAGGGUUCUUUCCAAGCAGUUCCCAAGGAUGUGAUGCUUUUCUUCGCCACAAGAUGACUCUGAUUUCUCCCUCAAUAUUGAAAAAGUAUGGAAUUCCUUUUGACAAGGUUACCCAAGAGGCAGGAGAAUUUAUAAUCACUUUCCCAUAUGGAUACCAUGCGGGGUUUAACCAUGGGUUUAAUUGUGCCGAGUCAACAAACUUUGCCACCAUUCGAUGGAUUGAUUAUGGAAAAGCAGCAAAAUUGUGCACUUGUAGGAGAGACAUGGUGUCAAUAUCCAUGGAUGUCUUUGUGAGGAAAUUUCAACCAGACAGAUACCAGCUAUGGAAACAGGGCAAGGAUUUAUAUACCAUUGAUCAUACAAAACCAACUCCUGAAUCAACACCUGAAGUAAAGAUCUGGUUACAGAGAAGAAGGAAAAUGCAGAACUUUCCCAAAAGCUUCCAGCACACCAGAUCUCGAUCUAAAAAGCUUAAAACUCCAGAGGACAAGAGAGUAUCUGCUAUGCUAGCUGAUGCAGAAAUCAUAGUGACUGAAGCAGUUACUGAUGGCUUCAAGGUCAGUGAAGAACCAGGAAAAAAAGUGAGAGUGGUAAACACAGGAGUGCCUUCUGGGGAAGAAGAAAACAGUGGUAGAAUGCAUCUGGAUCAGCAUUUAUUGGAUCAUGUCAAGAUUGCAGGAAGCAUCCCUUCAGUAUCAAUUUUGAGACCUGAUCCUGUACUAGAGAGAACAAAAAUGGAAGAUGAAGACAGGAUAGAUCCCAGUUGUUCUUCCUGCACACUUGAAGAUUCUGUAGCCAGCAAACCUGUUUCUGAUAGCUGUAGAAAAGAAGAGAGUUUGAAAUCUCAGAAUCAAUAUGUUUCAUCCAUACCAUACUGUAAAGAAGACGGAGAAAUUUCUGAAGCAGAAAAUCCAGAGAGAAAGGAAAGUGUCUUAACAGAGGACAGUAUCAGCAACCUAGAAAGUUCUGGAAGUAAUUUGGAACAUGGAGAAGUUCUCAUUGUAAAAAAGGAUGAAGAAGACGGCAUGGAAAUAUCUUAUUCAGAGGAAGUUGAAAGAAAGAAAAUAUGUAAGAGUUGGCGUCAUCCACUACAUAAACCCCCAGCUAGAUCUCCAAUGACUUUGGUUAAGCAGCAAGCAACUAGUGAUGAAGAACUACCUGAAACUACCUUAAUUGAAGAGAAAGUUCAAGAGUCAGAGGUAUGGGCCAAGCCUCUGGUUUACCUGUGGCAGACAAGACCACCCAAUUUCAAUGCUGAAAAAGAAUACAAUACAGCUUGUGCAAAAAAGGAACCUCAUUGUGCCAUUUGCACUCUUCUUAUGCCAUACUAUAAGCCAGACAAUCAGGAUGAAGAAACUCCUAUUUUCAGUGAAGCAAACUCAGCAGAAAUAUUGAUGGCAGAAAAUGAGAAGACUAAACCUCUUAUUCCAGAGAUGUGUUUUAUUUAUAGUGAAGAAAACACUGAAAACUAUCCAUCAAAUGCCUUUGUUGAAGAAGACGGAACGAGUCUUCUUAUUUCAUGUGCAAAGUGCUGCGUACGGGUUCAUGCAAGUUGCUAUGGUGUUCCUUCUCAUGAAAUCCAUAAUGAGUGGUUUUGUUCUCGAUGCAGAAAAAAAGCCUGGACAGCUGAAUGUUGUCUCUGCAAUUUGAGAGGCGGUGCAUUAAAGCAAACUACUGACAAAAAGUGGGCACAUGUAAUAUGUGCAAUUGCUAUCCCAGAAGUCAGAUUUGGUAAUGUCACAGAGCGUACUCCAAUAGACACUAGAAGAAUACCUUUGCAAAGAUUAAAAUUGAAAUGUAUCUUCUGCAGACAGAGAGUUAAAAAAAUCUCUGGUGCCUGCAUUCAGUGUUCAUAUGGACGCUGCCCAGCGUCCUUCCAUGUUACCUGUGCCCAUGCUGCAGGAGUGCUGAUGGAACCUGAUGACUGGCCAUAUGUUGUCUACAUCACAUGUUUCAGGCACAAGAUCAACCAAAAUGUGAGAGCUAAAGUAUGUGAGAAAGCCAUUACAGUUGGGCAGACAGUCAUCACAAAACAUAGAAAUACACGAUACUAUAGUUGCAGAGUCAUAGGAGUGACAUCUCAGCUUUUCUAUGAAGUCAUGUUUGAUGAUGGCUCCUUCAGUCUGGAUACUUUUCCUGAAGACAUUGUAAGCAGAGAUUGCCUAAGGCUGGGUCCACCUGCAGAGGGAGAAGUUGUCCAAGUGAAAUGGCCUGAUGGAAAGCUGUAUGGUGCAAAGUAUCUGGGGACAAAUACAGCUCACAUGUAUCAGGUGGAGUUUGAAGAUGGUUCUCAAAUAGUAAUGAAGAGGGAAGAAAUAUAUACACUGGAUGAGGAGCUUCCUAAGAGAGUAAAAGCACGUUUAUCUACAGCUUCUGAUAUGAGAUUUGAAGACACAUUUUAUGGAGCAGAUAUUAUCGUGGGAGAGAAGAAAAGGCAGAGAGUAUUGAGUUCUCGCUUUAAGAAUGAGUAUGUGGAUGAUCCAGGAUACCGCAGCUUCUUGAAAAGCUCAUUCCAGAAGAAAUGCCAGAAGGGACUGUAAAGGAAGCAAGAGAAGAGAGAGGGCUCUUGAUUAAAAAUCAUGCAGCAUUAUUUGCAGUUGGGUUUUGUUUAACUGAAAACUCUGUUUUACAGUGAACUAAUCCAUACACCAGCCUUGUAAUCUGAAGUACUUGAGUUCUGAUUUCAUCAGUUAAUAUAUUUAAGAAUUUGUAAUACUUUGCAUUAUAAAACCGGGGGGAAAACCAAGAGAGAUUACUGAAUGAUAUGCUGAAGAAAAGUUUCAGUCCUGCUUUCAUUGAAAUAAGUGGUAAAAUGUCCUUUGAAUUCUUUGAUUCACAGUUCUGAGGGGGAGCCAUUUUAGUAAACAGAAAUAAUGUCAGUGGCUCACUUUUUUCUGCACACAGGAAAGGAUGUUAGGUUCAAAAAUAGCAGCUUUUAUAAAAUAUUUUAAAACAAAACCAGAUUUGUACAGUACUGAGACAAAAAAGGCUGUAUUUACUUUGUACAGUGCUUUUACAUUUUUAUGUCACUACUGUUUUCAGUAGGAUUUGAUGGGGACUCAGCUAUUGACUUAGAUAUUUUUGGCUUUUAAGAGAGGUAUCUUCAGCACAGCAAGGAUAUUUUGUAUAUUUAAGGAGAUAGAUUUUGGCAGGUAUUUUUAAACAUGUUUUUCAUAAAGUCUUAAAAAUAGCUACUUGUAAAAUAUUAAUUUCUUUCACUGUGUGUAUGAAAAUUAAAGUUGAAAUAUAUAUAUGCCUAACAGCCUAGUUUUGAAUGAAUAUAUUAUGGCUUUUAUUUUUGAAAUAAUGUUCUAGCAGUGUAAUAAUGUUUUAAAAUAAAUAAAUACUUUACUACUAUUACAACA